UUUCAAUCUCAACAAGUUCCAUGUGAAAGUUCACCUGCUCCUCUUCCUCCUCCUCCUCCUCCUCCUCCUCUCCUUUCCGGAGAGGGGGCGUGUCCCGUGACGUCACCACCCAGGCCGACGCUGUCAGGCUGGCGAGAUCACUGCGAGAAGGAGGAGGAAGCUGCUGAGGACACUUGUUGCUGCUCCUCACAACAACCAGAACCAGAAGAAGAAGAAGAAGAAGAAGAAGAAGAAGAAGAAGUAGGACAAGUUUCCCAGGACGCGCGGGACUAAAGGACUCUCACGUGGCGGAGUCCCUGCACGAGGACCUUGGGUUUGUUCCUGGAUCGGCAAGAAGAAGCGCGGCAGUAUCGGUCUUCAGCGGAGGAUGUGGUAGACCAUCAUCAGGAUCGUCGCCAUCACGCCAUCCCAAUGGUCGACUGCCUCCAGAUGGCGUCCUCUCCCGGGCUGGAUGGCGAGCCGGCGCCGCUGCUUCAGCUCCAGGAGGUGGACUCCAGCAAGAGCUCCCCGGGACUGCUGCCCCCCAUCUACAGCCCCCCGCUGGGGGUGGACGGCCACACGCUGUGCAUCAGCUCGCCCUACGCGGACAGCAACCACGACUACGCACACGGACCUCUGGCCUUCUACGGCCCGUCGGUGCUGAGCUACGCCCGGCCGCCCAUCAGCGAGAGUCCGUCCUCCAUGUGUCCGUCACUUAGUCCCUCCGCCUUCUGGUCCUCACACGGACACCAUGAGCCCUCGCUGGGCCUUCGUUGUCCCCAGCCUCUCAACUACAAUGACGCUAGCCCGCACUGGAUGGAGGCUAAAGGACUCCACCACAGCAGCUCCGUCAUCAGCUGUCCCAAGUUGAUGGGGAAGCGUUCAGACGACGGCGGUGGCGGCGGCGGCGGCGCCAAGUCGGACACUCACUUCUGCGCCGUGUGCCACGACUACGCCUCAGGCUACCACUACGGCGUCUGGUCAUGUGAGGGCUGCAAGGCCUUCUUCAAGAGGAGCAUCCAAGGGCACAAUGACUACAUUUGUCCCGCCACCAACCAGUGCACCAUCGACAAGAACCGCCGCAAAAGCUGCCAAGCCUGCCGCCUACGAAAGUGUUAUGAAGUCGGCAUGAUGAAGUGUGGCGUAAGGCGGGAACGCUGCAGCUACCGUGGCGCCCGCCACCAACGGCGGGGGGCCCUCCAGCCCCGGGGUCUGGUCCGGGUGGGCCUGGCUUCCCGGGCCCAGCGGCACCUCCACUUGGAGGCACCGCUAACAUCAUUGCCGCAGGCCGAGCGAGCGCCGCGGUCCAGCAUGAGCCCGGAGGAGUUCAUCUCUCGCAUCAUGGAGGCGGAACCGCCUGAGAUCUACCUGAUGGAGGACCUGAAGAAGCCCUUCACCGAAGCCAGCAUGAUGAUGUCGCUCACCAACCUGGCCGACAAGGAGCUGGUCCUCAUGAUCAGCUGGGCCAAGAAGAUCCCAGGCUUCGUGGAGUUAAGUCUGUCAGACCAGAUCCACUUGCUGAAGUGCUGCUGGCUGGAGAUCCUCAUGCUGGGCCUCAUGUGGAGGUCUGUGGACCAUCCCGGAAAGCUUAUCUUCUCCCCGGACUUCAAACUCAACAGGGAGGAGGGUCAGUGUGUCGAAGGCAUCAUGGAAAUCUUUGACAUGCUGCUCGCCGCAACGUCACGCUUCAGGGAACUCAAACUACAACGUGAAGAAUACGUCUGCCUCAAGGCCAUGAUACUACUUAACUCUAAUCUGUGCACGAGUUCCCCGCAGACGUCGGAGGAGUUGGCUAGCAGGAAGAAGCUCCUGGGCCUUCUAGAUUCUGUGAUUGACGCCCUGGUGUGGUCCAUCUCCAAGAUGGGACUCAGCAGCCAGCAGCAGACGCUCCGCCUCGGGCAUCUGACCAUGCUGCUGUCCCACAUACGACACGUCAGCAACAAGGGCAUGGACCACCUGUCCAGCAUGAAGAGGAAGAACGUGGUCCUGGUCUACGACCUCCUCCUGGAGAUGUUAGACGCCAACACGUCCAGCAGCGCUCAGAUGGCGUCAUCCUCACCGCCUUCAGACUCGGACCACUACCUGGACCACCAGGUGCCCCCCCACCUGCGCUCCUCCGUCCAAGUCACGGUCCCCAAUGGACCCGGACAGGCCCUGAUCCUGGACAGACACCUGCAGGGCGGCGACAUCAUGGCCGCUCAGAGCGUGGUCAUCGCUCACAUGGCGACGCCCACGGACGGCUUGUCGUGGUCUUUGGAUACGGGGGACGUCGCCUCGUCUUCGGCCGACACAGCGGACUUCUUGGUUCCUGAUGGCGGCGUCAUGGAAACCACCUUGGACGGCUGACUGGACUGAAACAGACUGAAUGUGUCCGUCAUCCAAAGACAACAAACAGCUGACGAUAUCGGCAAUGGUUUUUGUUGUUGUUGUUGUUGUUGUUGUUGUUGUUGUCAAUGUUUCCUGUUUUCUACUCUUUGUCACGUCAACUUAAACCCCGCCCACAAGCCUGCGGCGGUGUCGCACAAGCAGGUCGCCAUGGUGACGGCGAACACAUCUGAUAAGCUCAAACUUUUCUACUCUUUGUACAAACUUCAUGCGUCCGCAAACGGUAAGUGUUAGCGUAGCAUUAGCGUAGCGUUAGCAUAGCGUUAGCGUAGCUUCCUUUUCUUGACUCUGGUUGAAUGAAGGCUUCUGAUGUUCAAUUUGAUAGAAACAUUAUGUCAUAUUUCAUAUUGGUCACCCCCACAAAUUUCUUCUUACUAGCAACUUGCUUGUACACUACAGUACAGUACAGUACAGUACAUUACAGUACAGUACACUACAGUAGAGUACAUUACAGUACACUACAGUACAGUACAUUACAGUACAUUACAGCACAGUACAGUACAGUGGAACCUCGGUUUUCCUUAGUAAUUCAUUCCAAAAGCUUUUAUCAAAUUGCUGGCACUUGCAACUUUGGCCCCAUGGUGUGUUAUUUAGGAGUCACACUCAAUAAAACAUGAAUGGACGGAGAGUCAGCAGGGUAGGAUGCUUCUUUUGGGCGCUUGAUUUUGCGGAACGUUACAGUUCCGGGAAAACAACUGAAUUUGUUCCAUGCGAUACUGGAUGAUGACAGACUGUAUCAAAAAUCGGGGCAAACUUUUUAUACAAAAUUUGACAAAAACUGAAUCAUGUGAGGCUGCACGGUGUUCGAGUGGUUAGCACACAGGCCUCACAGCUAGGAGACCUGAGUUCAAUUCCACCCUUGGCUAUCUUUGUGUGGAGUUAGCAUGUCCCCCCCAUGCAUGGACUCCGGUUUCCUCCCACAUUCCAAAAACAUGCUAGGUUAAUUAGCCACUCCAAAUUGUCCAUAGGUAUGAAUGUGAGUGUGAAUGGUUGUUUGUCUUUAUGUGCCCUGUGAUUGGCUGGCCACCAGUCAGUAAAAGCCACGGUGACUAAAUGCUCAAUAUUAGUGAGCUCCAUGAAAUGUUUGCACUUUUAAUAAUACAUUUUUACCCCCAUCCCAAAUAACAUUUAGUGUGUUUGAUGCUAACAACGUUAGCAAAACAUGAAAAGUUUCUCUAAAUUAGAGGAAUAAUAUUCACGUUGUUUCUCUUGAAUUGACGCAAAACAAACAUUUGUUGUGCUCUUUUUGACGUCUCGGUAAAGUUGAUGAGUGUUUCGUGGUUUGUUGCCAGUGGAGCCGGAGGACCAGAGAUUUGGUUUUAGCCGCAUGCUAACUCUUCUUAUUCUGUCUGCUGUGGUUUCUACACCUUCACUCGUGUCGCUGAUGUUUAUUGUCAACUGUACAUGUUAUAAUAAAAAGAUGACAAAUUCAUG